AUGAGAAACCACACAGCAAUAACAACUUUCAUCUUGCUGGGACUGACAGAUGACACUCGGCUGCAAAUUCUGCUUUUUAUCUUUCUAUUUGUUUCUUACAUUUUGAGUGUCGCAGGAAAUCUAACAAUCAUCACCCUCACUCUAACUGAUUCCCACCUUCAAACGCCCAUGUAUCUUUUUCUCCAAAAUUUCUCCUUCUUAGAAAUUUCAUUCACAACUGCUUGUGUUCCCAGAUUCUUGUAUAGCAUAUUAUCUGGGGACAAGUCCAUUACCUAUGAUGCUUGUGCCAGUCAACUGUUAUUUACAGACCUGUUUGCAGUAACAGAAUUUUUUCUCCUGGCCACUAUGUCCUGUGAUCGCUAUGUGGCUAUCUGUAAACCACUGCAUUACAUGAUAAUCAUGAACAGCAGAGUCUGCAAGAACUUCAUCCUCUCAUGUUGGCUAGCAGCUCUAAUCAUCAUUCUCCCACCAAUUAGUUUGGGCUUGGGCCUGGAAUUCUGUGACUCCAAUAUCAUUGAUCAUUUUUGCUGUGAUGCAUCUCCUAUUCUAAAGAUCUCUUGCUCAGACACAUGGUUGAUAGAACAAAUGGUGAUCGUAUGUGCUGUGUUGACCUUCAUCAUCACCCUCUUGUGCAUUGUUCUUUCCUACAUUUACAUUAUCAAGACUAUUCUAAGAUUCCCCUCUGCCCAGCAAAGGAAAAAAGCCUUUUCCACUUGUUCUUCCCACAUGAUUGUUGUUUCCAUUACUUACGGUAGCUGCAUUUUCAUUUAUGUCAAACCUUCAGCCAAGGAUGAGGUGGCUAUUAAUAAAGGGAUUUCACUCCUUAUUACUUCUAUUUCACCAGUGCUGAAUCCCUUUAUUUACACACUAAGAAACAAGCAAGUAAAGCAAGCUUUCAAUGAUUUAAUUAAAAACAUUGCAUUCUUCUCAAAGACGUAA